AUGAACUUAUUAGAUUUACCAUUAGAGUUGUUAACAAACUUACUUCAAUUUGUUGAUACCAGAGAAUUAUUGAUUCUUGGGAGUCUUGCCAAAUUCCUGGGUGAGUUACGAUUUGCAUUGUCACAAAUCCAGCCACAGCCAGUGGUAUUGAAGGUUGAAACAAUUCCAAAUGAAAUUGAGUACAUAGGUCCAAAAACUUUAUUUAGAGAAACAACAUUACUUCAUUCAUCUUGCAAUCGUAUAUCUAUUCCGUAUGAAGAUUCCCUGGCCAUUUUCUUUGACACUUUAAAGUACUUUAAUCAAAAAGCUAAACGAUCAGUAAUACUACGUUUUGAACUGAAUGAAAAAGAUGAUAUGAGUUAUAUCAAUGAAUUAUUAAUCAAAUGCGAAGAGUUAUUAGGUUAUGAUUUUAAGUUUAGAUUAUCAAUAUUCAAACUUGUUUCCGUUACUGAAAAAUCACCAUUUCAACUUCCAACAUCUGCAUUAGAAAAAUUUCUGUGGUCGCAAGUAUUAAUCACCUCACCUAAUUUUCUGGAUUGUGAUCCACCACUUGAAAAAUACGUUGAAAAUAUUCCAACGAUUUCACUUUCAUGGCUUAAGAAUAGUGAUGAUUUAAGAGUUAUUCGUAUUGGAGAAAAGUUUAAAAUUGAAAAUAACAUUAAUGAUUUAUAUUUUGAGAAAUUAAAAAGAGUUAAAUUUGAAAGUUUUGAUAAAAGUUCAGUUGAUCCUUGGAAAGAGUUCAUAUUCAGACAUAGCGAAGUAAUAAAAACCUUAAGUUUAAGACAUUAUCUAGGAAUGUAUAACUAUCGAUCAAUGGAGAAAUUAGAAACAUUGGAAUUGAUUGGACUUAAUUCUUAUAAUUUCUACCCUUUGCAAUACUUGAUGGAACGAGAAAUGAAGUUGAUUAUUAAAGGACAGGGAGCAAUGAAAGCUGUCGUUUAUGAAUGUAUAGCUGCUGGUAGAGAUAAAGACUAUUCCAACAUAGUUAUUGCUGAGCAUAAUCCACAACCUAAUUUAAAGGCAUUUCUUAAAAACACUUAUAAAGUUAGAUUUAUGCCUAUUCAUAACUGGGAGAGUUUUCCUUUCACUGUUUAA